AUGGCGGGAGCGAUUAGGGUGAAGCAACUGUUUGUAUGCUCUUCGAUUCUCGCGAAUAACAACAACAAGUCUCUAUUACGCCUCCCUCGGCGUAGUAUCAAUGUAAUUGCGGGAAAUCUCAGUUCGAGCGAGAUGAAGAAGAAGGAGAAAGAGAAGAGGAAGAGGAGGAAAGAGAUUGAGGUCUCUAAAGCGACGGCUGAAGCAGUGGUGAAUAAGGAAAAGAGGAGGACACGGUCUAGCAGAGAGUAUGAGAUCGCCGACGGCGGCGAGCUUCCGUCCUCGCAUGUGCCUGUGCUCAUCGGAGAAGUUAUCGACGUUUUCUCUUCCGUUCGCUUGCGAAGCUUUGUGGAUUGCACACUUGGCGCCGCCGGUCACUCUUCUUCUAUAAUUCAAAGCCACUCUGAAUUGAAGCAUUUUGUUGGAAUGGAUGUUGAUCCAGUGGCUCGGAAACUGGGUCAAUUUCAUAUUGAUUCUCUCAUGCAUCCAACUUUAAAGGCUUCUGUGGUGUUGAAGAACUUCAAAUACAUCAAAUCUGCAAUCGCUGCUACACAUCCGGAAUUGUUAGAUGUAGGUGUUGAUGGCAUUCUUAUGGACUUGGGGAUGUCAUCUAUGCAGGUAAACAAUCCUGAAAGAGGGUUUAGCGUUCUCCAAGAGGGACCUCUUGAUAUGCGGAUGGAUCCUCAGGCGACUCUGAAAGCGGAAGAUAUAGUGAAUUCUUGGCCAGAAUCUGAACUGGGGAGAGUCCUACGAGAUUAUGGGGAAGAAAGCAAUUGGUAUUUACUUCAAAAUAGAAUUGUCAAGGCUCGGCUUAACGGUGGGUUACAUUCUACUGGUGAACUGGUGGAUCUCAUUCGGGGCAUGUCACCACCAAGCAGAGGAGGUAGACAGGGUUGGAUAAAGACUGCAACACGUGUGUUUCAAGGGCUAAGGAUUGCAGUGAACGACGAACUCAAGACGCUACAAAACUCUCUACACUCAUCCUUCGAUGUUCUCUCUCCAGGUGGGAGACUAGCAGUCAUUUCCUUCCACAGUCUGGAGGAUCGGGUUGUCAAACAAACGUUCCUCGAGAUGUUGGGGUUUCAAAGGGAAGAAGCAAACACAGAGGUGUGUGUAAAACCGGAAAAGCAAGUCGAGGAAAGUAUAGACAAGGAAUUAAAAGAGAAAGAAGCGUGGAUCAAACAGACUGUGAUUAGUUCCAAAGGAGUAAUACUGACAAAGAGACCAAUCACGCCUUCAGAGGAAGAGGAGAAACUGAAUCGCAGAGCAAGAAGUGCUAAGUUAAGAGUGAUUCAGAAGUUGUGA